AGAGGAGUUUCCAGAUGUACCUGAAGCACCAGACACUUCCUCAAGCUCUACUAGUAAUAGGGAAGAGAAGGAGACGAGAAGAUACGAGCUUCCAAUGCCCUCAAUGCCAUCGAAUCUUUGGCCGCAUCGAGCAUCUGAGGCGCCAUGCAAAUAGCCAUGGCGAGGCUAGAUNNCUUUCAAAUGUGCAGCAUGUAACAAAGGCUUCAAUCGGUUAUCCUGGCGUCUCAAAGCUCAAAGGAGCAAGAGCUUGCAAAGAGUGUGCGAGUAGCAAGGUUCGCUGCAACGGAACCUUGCCCUGCGAGAGAUGCAGCUCAAAAAAUGUUGAUUGCAUAUAUCCGAGUGCUGCAAGUCCAGCGCAAGCCCUGGAUUCUCCAUCGUCCGCUGUCUCUGACUAUGCCUCCACGCCUGGAGCAUCCGAGAACGUCUCGUCGUCAAUACUUGAAUCCGAAGCUUUUCCUCGGCAACUGGGGCAGUCAUUGCCGUAUGUCGACCAUACCAACCCAUAUUCGGAACAACAUAGCACCAACAUUGCAGAGUCUUGGAGCUAUAAUACACAUCCUCAAAUAGCAUCUCAGGCUACUGGCUUCGUCUCAGGAUCUCUCCCUGCAUACACUCAUGCUUUAUUGCCGCAUGACUCUGGAGCGCAACACAUUGCUCCAUCACCAUUUGAAGGAUCAUAUUCUGGCACAGAGACCUCAUUCGAAAUACCCUACAGCUCUCCGUUUCCUAGAGAUCGUCACGCGAGCCUGGAUCAGUUGUCCCAGAGACCUCGCCUCAUGCCCAGUUUGAGGUCCAAAACUGCCAUCUUGGAAUCUGACAGUCCUAGGUCACAAUUCAUAUUUUCCAGCGAUCAAAAGGAGCCAACUUAUAGAAGCACAGAUCUUCGUGGACCAUUCCACAGAACUUUCACCCCAGCGACCAGUUACUUGAGCCCUGUUGUGACUAUCGGCAGUCACACGUCGGAUUUUGAACAAUCUGAAGAAUUUGCUCUGUGUUUUGACGAGUUCUUGCGUCGAGCAAUCUCAGCCUUGCCAAUUGACCGUAUCACGCUCUGUCAGGCAAAGUUGCUAGCUUGUGUAAACCAAAUAUACAGUGGAGAGGAAAGUUGGCAAGAAUCUGCUUACAACGAGUUCUUGACGGAUUUGAUCUCAUUCUGUCAGCUGGAGUGGAAGAUGUCAGAGACAGGGUUUACUACGUUUGCCCCCGAGGGCCAAGAAGCCGAGUUCUGGAAGCGAUGGGUUCAGCUCGAGUCUUGUCGGCGUACUGGAUAUGCGAUAUGGGUACAACCGAGACUCACACUGGAGGAUGGAAGGAUACCUCUCCCAUGUCAGGAAGUGCUUUGGGAGACGAAGACAGCCGUGCAAUGGCACCACAUCUUUCAAUUCUCGCCAGACUUGACUAAUGAAUCAGCAAAUUUGACACUUUUGUCAUCUUUGCAAUCAUUACAAGACGAGAAAGUCUUGCAACAUACAAUGGGCGAAUUCAGCCGCGUAAUUUUGCUACAUGGUUUCUACCGCCAAUGCUGGGAGCUGGAAAAGGUCGAAAUGCAAUCUCAACCACGACCCCAGCAGAUGUCCAUGUACACUUUUUGGAAAGAUUCGAUCAUGGAAUCACUUGAGCUGCUCGAAUGGAGUGCCAACAAUGUCGUUAACGCAGCUUCUGGCAUGGAACAUCCCACUUUGCUGCACCUCCACUUAGCAAGGAUUGUGCUUUUUGCACCCUUUCAGAGCAUCUGCGACCUGACAUACGCAAUGACCAAAGAAGACAGCAGUAUGAAUUCAGCGCAGAUGAAAGACCUACGUACGGCAAUACGCAAGUGGGUGACCGAAGACGCAAGCAAAGCUCGGCUUGCAGUGUUGCAUGCAGGAGCAUUGUUGCGACACCUACAUGCCUUUCACACGAAUAGCUUCUAUGAGCCGUCAGCAGUCUUGCUCGGCACACUCACUCUCUGGGCGUUUGGCUCAUUUGCAAAAACAGCAACGGGCGCUGGGCCAUCCUCCCACCGGAGAUAUUCGGACACACAACUACACACGACCAGCAUCGCGAUAGAUCAGCCUCUUGAUCCUGAACUGGCACGGUCGUUCAUCAACAGUGGUGGAGAGAUGGUACCAAUUCUUAGAGGCGUUGGAAAUAUCUGUGCUGCCGGGGCUCCCGAGCGUGUGCUGUUAGAAGGAUCGAAACUUGUAUCAGAGAUAGGCAGAUGGGGCAGCGGACGUAAAGUCACGCGAAUCUUGAACAACCUGUCGUUGUGCCGCAGCAUA